AUAAAACCCCCUAUCUUCAUCAUAAUUAUAACAACCGUCGUAUCAGGAACCAUAAUUGUCCUAACAAGUUCUCAUUGACUAAUAAUCUGAAUCGGAUUCGAAAUAAAUAUACUGGCAAUCAUUCCAAUCCUGAUAAAAAACUUUAACCCCCGAGCUACAGAAGCAUCCACAAAAUACUUUCUAAUCCAAGCCACCGCAUCCAUACUCCUAAUACUGGGCAUCAUUAUCAACCUAACAACUUCAGGACAAUGAACAAUUCUAAAACCCCCAAACCCAAUAGCAUCAAAUCUCCUAACUAUCGCUCUAGCAAUAAAACUUGGAAUAUCUCCAUUUCACUUCUGAGUGCCUGAAGUAACACAAGGAACCCCACUAUCAUCAGGCAUGAUUCUACUUACAUGACAAAAAAUCGCACCCCUAUCCAUCCUUUACCAAAUUGAACCAUCAAUUAACCCCAACCUACUAACCACCAUAGCAAUUGCAUCAGUACUAGUAGGAGGAUGAGGAGGAUUAAACCAAACCCAACUCCGAAAAAUUCUAGCCUAUUCAUCAAUUGCUCAUAUAGGAUGAAUUACCAUUAUCAUAGUAUAUAAUCCUACCCUAACACUCCUAAACCUAACAAUUUACAUCACCAUAACACUCGGGACAUUUAUACUAUUUAUACACAGCUCAUCUACAACAACACUAUCACUAUCCCACACAUGAAACAAACUACCCCUCAUGACAUCCCUAAUCCUAGUACUUAUAUUAUCACUCGGAGGUCUCCCCCCACUAUCAGGCUUCGUACCCAAAUGACUAAUUAUUCAAGAACUAACAAAAAAUGAUAUAAUCAUCCUACCAACAUUCAUAGCUAUUACAGCACUACUAAACCUGUACUUCUACAUACGACUAUCCUACACCACAGCACUAACACUAUUCCCCUCAACGAACAAUAUAAAAAUAAAAUGACAAUUCGAAAACACAAAAAAGAUAGCCUUAUUACCCCCACUAAUCAUUAUCUCAACAAUAUUACUCCCCAUGACACCAAUAAUAUCUAUUCUAGACUAG